GCGUCCAUUGCGCGUUCUUGUAACGCUAAAGAUUUACGUUGGAAAAUGUUCUCAUAUUUCUCUCCUUUGCCCCCAUAGUUUAAUAUAUUUCAUAAACACCCCCACGAGAGAUUAAGACUCGUUCUAAAUUAGUAAAUUGUAUUAAAAACAACAAACAAAAUUUCAAGAAAAUAUUCAAUCUAUAAGCAAAACAUUGGUAGUGUUACAUUUGUCGUUCUUCGUGUUCAAAAUUUGGAUACCUUUGUCAAUUAUGAAAACUCAAGUGUCAGUUUGUGAUUGAUAGUAAAAUACAAGGACUAAAAAUAAAUAUAUACCUUUUUUGGAAAUCGUACCGCGUAAGAAAACAUGUAUAAAUAUCUCCAAGGUCUUAUUUUUCUCUCUACCAAUUUUGUUUCGACAUAUUUCGCGAUUCGUGUCUGGUUUUGUUGCUGAUUGAGAAAACAUGGGAGGUGAUAAUGACAAUGACAAAGACAAAGGGUUUCAUGGGUAUCCUCCCGCUGGAUACCCGCCGGGUCUUGGGGCUUAUCCACCUGCUGGAUACCCACAACAAGGUUACCCUCCACCACCUGGUGCUUACCCGCCUGCUGGUUAUCCUCCGGGUGCAUACCCACCUGCACCUGGUGGUUAUCCUCCAGCCCCUGGUUAUGGUGGUUAUCCUCCAGCUCCUGGUUAUGGAGGUUAUCCUCCUGCACCUGGUCAUGGUGGUUACCCUCCUGCUGGCUAUCCUGCUCAUCACUCAGGACACGCAGGAGGAAUUGGGGGUAUGAUUGCAGGUGCUGCAGCUGCCUAUGGAGCUCACCACAUAGCUCAUAGCUCUCACGCCCCUUACGGACAUGCUGCAUACGGUCACGGCUUUGGCCAUGGACAUGGCUAUGGCUAUGGUCAUGGUAAGUUUAAGCAUGGGAAGCACGGGAAGUUCAAGCAUGGGAAGCAUGGAAUGUUUGGAGGAGGCAAGUUCAAGAAGUGGAAGUGAUCUAGUUAAUACCUUUUGUGAAUCUCUCUGGACUGACCAAUGUUUCAAAUAAGCCCUAAAACAUUAUUAUAUAAGUUGGCUUUCGUCGGUUAGAUUGCUGGUUCGAGUUGGAAUAAUUAAACUUAAUUAGUAGUAUGAUAUCUUAUUGUGUACUUUGAAGCUAUUUUUGGCUUUAUAAUGACAGAUUCUGCUGGUUUCGGUGUGUGGUUUUUGAGAUUUUUUUGUA